CAGACCAGCAGCUGGCUGCAGCAGUGUUGGUGCUGGAUGUGUCAGGCUGGAUGCUGCAGCGUCUCCUGAGUCCUCGGCUGUUGUAGCUGAACUGGAGGCCUCUGUGGCACGGUUGCCCCCCAGACUGGAACUCCGUGACCUCACACUGUCCAUUCCAGUGUAGAUUUCCUGUGUCGCUAGCUACACUUGUCCCGAUGUCACUGCCUUAUUGAUUGAAAUGCUGCACAUAGUUCACCUUCCCGGGUGCAGGUGUUCCCACUGUUAGUCAGUGCGUGCAUGGUCAUAAGCUGCCUGCCACACCUGAAUCUGAGGCAUCAGAGGAACCACAGAUGAAAAUCCAACGUUGACUCAGCACUGUGAAUGGUACUGGAUGUGUGUGGGAUGAGCGUCAAGCACUAUAGUUAUGCUCCUGGCAAGACAGGAGACAAACGCAUCUCCUGCUCCUAUGAAGAAAGCCAUCACACCACAAGCAAAGUAACUCACUCUCUCUGUAAAGAUAUGCCAUUGUUGUCUCUUCUGCCUUGCAUUGCCAACAGAACACCACCAGAAAUUGGACUUCUGUUCACCAAAGGCAUAAAAACGUUUACAUGGAGGACAGAGUCACGUAUGAUCACUGUUAUGAGGACAUUAAAUAAAUACAUCAAAUAAUGAUGAAGAUGAAAACACCAACUAAACGAUACAUGUUUCAAAAUAUAAUUCAAAAUAAAUAACCCAAAUAUGAGGGACUUGAUUCUUGAGGAGGGGUAGAGUGUUCCAGAUGAACUGGGGGUCUAUAAUGCGAGCAAGAAACCAAGUCUAAAGAAAGUAAGCAUUGGAACAUUGGAGAUGCACUGAAGAUCUUUUACCUUGGGUUAGACAGGAAGAGAAAUGGUUUGGGCAUAAUUUUGAAGGAAGAGUGUGUAAAAAAUGUUUGGAAAUGAACAGUGAGUCUGGCAGGGUGGUGAGCCUGAAGUGAGAGGAGCUCAUGGUGAAUGUAGUCCUUGAUCUUGCCCCACAGGUAGGGUGUCAACAGGAGGAGUUCUGGAAUAGACUCGAGGUAGGAGGAAGGCUGUUCACAGUUCAGGUUGCAUAAGAGUUAGGAGACUUGGUGGUGGUGAUGUUCUGUGGAGUAACACAGAGGAAUAGAAGGCAAAGAAGUGCUUGGAUGAACAGAGAACUAAGGAGAAUGGGGGGAGUACUUGGAUGGAUAAAGGUCAGAUGAAAAUCAGGUAGUGAAGGGAAUUCGUCAGGUGGAAGUGAGGGUAGCUCUUAAUAGGAUGAAUUCAUUUAUUUAUUUUCUAUUUUACUUCCAACACACUUAAUCUGUGACCUGUUAAGAACUUCUCUGUUCUUGCAAACGCCAAAAUGUUCCGUAACAUUGGACAGCAACAAUGUUUUUUAUCAUUCCCCUCUCUGUCUUCUGCCAUGCUGGAGGGCAGCAGUGAUGUUGUGACGUGAGGUCACAGACAUGCCGACUUCACUGAGACAGUUUAAAACUUUUUUACAUUUGUCGUUCAGAAGGCCAACUUGCAGAACACAGAUCGAUGCUGUUGGAUUGCAGUGAUGUUUAUGGAUUCAUCGAUCUGCUGGAUGAAUUGUCACAACCCUAACAUGAAGAAGUGAAUAGGUCUAUCCUGGUAGGAUGCACAAGAUUUAGCUCAAGGUGUGCGUGACUCACUUGCCGUGGCAACUUCUGACAGGACGUGAACAUUGCAAUUUUGUAAACAAUUUGAAACCUAUAAGCUCUCAAUGUCUGGAACACAGAUUCACUUGUGUCAUGUGCUGCAACAUUUCAUUGUCGGGGUUUGAGCAUGUGUAAUCUUUUGCUUAUGUGAUCUCAAAACAUUGAAGUUAAAUUGUUUUCUGAAACCUCAAAUGCUAUUUCAGGGCCUAGAUGUCGCUAGUUCUUGAUGCAGCGUUGGUCUUGAAAGUUAGUUUGCAAACAUGAAGUGUCAGACUUGUUCUUACUGAAGUUACACGACAGUGUGUGUAAUACACUGGUAAUUUGGUUUGUAUAACAUAUGUAUUAAAAUGUGCUUUCCACUUCUUCUGGCGACUGGCAGCUAGCACCUAGCUUGGUGACACACUGUAGCGAAGGCUGGCUGUGAUCAGGUGGAACUCUAACUUUACCAGUUGUGAUCAAAUGACCAAACCCUGAUGAGUAAGAUUUUACAUCUUUUCAGUCACCAUAUCCGCAAAUAAUUUGAAUCAUCCCAUUCAGUCUCUUCCUUUAUGUUCUAAACUUGCAAAAGGUUUGGAGUCCUGAUCGGAUCUGAUCGUUCCCUGAUCCUACUGGAGAUUCAACCCAUCAUUACUGUCUUCAGGCUUGAUGAAAUCCCACAUCAUGAACGAUCAGCAGUGCUGUGAAGCACAUAGCCAUCUGUGUUUCCUGCCGUCAUGCCUCGCGCCUGGCUCUUAUCUUGAGUUGGUGCUGCCACGUGUGUUCAGUCCAUACAGGAUUAAAUUCCACAGUGUCUUUCCUUGUCUGCAGCAGUGCUGCCAGGUAUCCUGCGCCAGUACAUGUCUGCUGCGACCUUGAAACAAUCUCAGGAUCACUCUCUAACAACUGUCACGCUACAUACCCAUCAUAAAUGAGGGAGUGUGUUUUAGGGUGCAGUUGGUUUUGGGUGAACGUGGGGGCUUUUAUGUGAAGUUUGGAUGGUCGCCCCGUUUUUGUGGGAUUCCUCUGUACAAUUGUUUCCUCCCGCAGCCCCAGGCAGACAUAUACAUACAAGUGUAUCUAUCAGCUGUUGUCCUGGUGCCUGCAUCUUGCAGCCACAGCGCCAUUUCGUGAGUGCACCAUGGACUGCAUUCAUAAGAAAUAUGUACAUAUUAAGUCACUGAGCUAGAAAGGCGAGGCAAAUGGGUAGUGUGACCUGAAAAAGUCUAUUUUGCAAGAGUCUCAAGCUGGUUACAAGAGAAUUGGAAGCCCUGUGCUAACAUGUUAGCGCACUCUGCUAACCGCUGCUUAAUAUAGCUCUGGAGGAUUGUAGAUACUGAAACAACAACGUCUAUGCGAGGGAUGGUUGGCCUAGGCUGUAAAACUGUGUGGAAAGUAGUUGGAUAUUGGUUAUUUAAUCCAGCUCCCACAGUGUUUUUCUCCUGCUGCUGCGCAUUGGUCAGUGAUAACACAGGCUCUCACUCGCUGAAACAAUUUACCCCCCAAAAUAUUACUGUCAGAACCAGUUUUGACACCAUGUUAUUGCGCAUCAAUUGUUUUGUAUGUUUAUAAAUGGUAAAUAAUACUCUUUAUGAAUACACAAAUACAACCAUGGUCAGCAUUCUGACCAAACAUCUGUUGGAAACCAUGAUGUGCAUUUAUUAAUUAUUAAUAAAUCACAAUAUAAAUGGAAAAAAUCACUAUAAAAAAAGAAUCACGAUAUACAGUAAAUCAAAUUGACACCAAAGCAUUUGUAAAAUAUUGAAUAUUACCCAAAUGCAUACUGCUUCAGCACUAGUAUCAGGCCAGCCAUGUCAGGUUAUGUGGCUUAAGGUCAAAUACAGAUUUGUGUUGACGUUGAAAUCAUGACUUUGAAGAUCAUGUUUAACCCCUUACUGACACUCCUGUCGCUGCGGACCUGAUGUGAAGAUAAUUCAAACACCAUCUGAUAGACAAGAACUAGGGCUUUAGGGCCAAUCACUAAACUGCCAUGACGCAAAGCAUGGUGACUCAAAAAGUUGGGAAGUGCUUGUUUUAACACACUCAAACUCAUGCAACGACUGUAAAUAGAAUCCACAGUCUACGUCAGCCUGCUGACUAAAGACGCCUCUACAGUUCAGAUCAAUUGGGGGAACGACUGAAUAAUAAAUGGCCAGAAAUAAGAGUGUGUAAUAGAUGCAGACCAGUGCAAAUUGAUCAUCUCAGUUAACACCGUCUUACAGUUCUUGCCUUGUUAUGAAGUUGAAAAAUCCACUUUCAUCUUUUUUAUCCAAGUAUGCGGGCAAAAACUCCAAGUUUUUGUUGAAAAUGCUCAACUUUUUAACAUUUCUACAGUCAUAAAUUGAAAAGAUGGGAACCAGAAACAUGAGUAUUAAAGAGAGCUUUGCAGGCAGAAAACAAAUUAACGUGUAAGUGUGGAAUUUGCGAUGCUUUCUUCCGACAUAUAGAUCAUGGUUCUCUUCAUGGAGUGUUUGAGGUCAAUUUCUGCUUUGAAGUUUAGUAAAAUGGCAUACUUGCUAGACUAAAUGUUUCAGUGUGAGUCAGCGUAAAGAAGAGAAGGCAUCUGGCAGCUGUGAACGAGUUAAGCUCUGCUCAUAUGAAAAUAGCAUCUGAAUCCAGGUUGUCUAAUGGACAGUGUGAUGGCGACUUGUGAAUGUCAUGACACGGCUCGUCUCGCUGAAGAGUCGUGUAUACACUGCAAUGGAAUUAUGUUGAUCUGCAUGAGCAAUACAGGGAUAAUAAACUCUCUCUGGAGUGUUACUUAUUCUGACGUUUUUUCUUAUUGCCUAUGUUGCGCUAAAAGUCCAUCCAGGAUUUCUAUUUACAGUUAGUUUACUUUGCAGUAUUACUUUAUUUGUAAGGCCAUUUUAAAAAUACAGCUUUUGUUUUCUGCCCUUAUUCUCUGGUCGGAGGUGGUUCAAAGCUCUCAGGUACUCAGGAAGAGAGUCGGGGAACACCCUAUCACAAGGUCAUAGACCGACGUCCCCUCGCACCACACUCACGACAGACAAUCUAGAGUCACCGAUUUACCUCUGUAUGUGGGAGGAAACCCGAGGGAACACAGCCAAACAUGGGGAGCAGAGACAAACUCCACACACAGCUUCACUCCCAACACAAAGAUGCCUCGAGUGACCGACUAUAGUGAAGCUGCUGCACUAACCACUGUACCACUGUGCCGUACACGCUUUCUAUUUUCUAUUCAUUAGUUAAUACAAAAGCUGUAUUAGUAUUGCUCUGUUAGCAGCCCACAUCCCUGCAGCUCCGCUUGGUUUUAAUAAACUUUCUCUUGGCACGGAGGGUGAAGUAAUAAGAUCCGUCUGGUUGGUAAAACAGGUUUUACUGGGGUCAUUGUGGCACAAGACUGUGAAAAACUCAAGUAUAAAUCUCAGGUGCUGGACGUGUUUGCUCAGGUCGUGUGUGUGAUGCUAAAGCAGCCUCGCUCUGAUGAAGGCUCCUGAGAGCCGUGAGCCGUCCUUGCUCUGAUUUACAGCGCAGGAGCUGCAUUCAUUUUCCGCCUGCCUGUAAUCAUUCUCCUCCUUGGCCGCUGUCACUGCAGGCCAAGGUUAUGUUCAGAGUGAGUUAGAUGUGAAGGAGCGCUCCCUUCCCGAACAGAUGUUGCUGCAGAGCCGCUCUCUCUCAGCCACCCGGGUGCUGAGGCCCGAUGUUGAGGAGAAGUUCAUUCAUCCACUCAGGUGACAGUGAAAUAUAAGAUGUUUCAGAUGUUCCAUCACACUGGUGUAUAAUAUCUUGACACCUGAAUUAUCCAUCAGUGGCUCGUGUGUUUGUUCAGUCCACGGCAUUGAACAGCUCUCUCUGCCAAAACUGUGUGAGGACAGUUGGUUGAGCAGCUUGAUCUCUGCCAAUGUUCAUCAAGCCAGCAAACAGAGUUAUUUAAAAUGUGUAAUGAAAUGAUCAAACCUGCAUUUUUCCCCCGUGUUCUCCUGCAGCGAGAGGCCGCCCCGCAAGCCUGACCUGAGCAAGACAGUACCUUUCCUGGGGUCGACACCGCAGCGUCCUGCCAUCUGUAUCUGCAUGUCAAACAUCCUCAUGAAGACCAGCUCUUUGCAUGACACUCUCAGUUGGCCAUGAAGUACCUGGACCCGGCCUUCACUCCUCUGGCCAGCUCGCUCAGUGAGGACUUGCAGAACCAUUCCAGGUGGAAGUACAACAGCACUGCUUUUCUGGAGCAGAGGAAGGAGAUUUCCAAAUACAUUGACAUUCCCCACAACUUCACUCUGACACGAGACUCUGUCCGAAUCGGGCAGCUGAUGCACUAUGACUACUCCAGCCACAAAUAUGUAUUUUCCAUCGGCGAGAACUUUCGCUCUCUCCUCCCGGAUGCCUCGCCUAUCCUCAACAAGCACUACAACGUCUGUGCUGUCGUUGGCAACAGUGGCAUCCUCACUGGGUCCCGAUGUGGCCCGGAGAUCGAUAAGUUUGACUUUGUCCUGCGCUGCAACUUCGCACCGACUGAGAUUUUUAAGAGAGACGUGGGGAGACGCACCAACAUGACGACCUUUAACCCCAGCAUUCUGGAGAAAUAUUACAACAACCUGCUGACUGUGCAGGACAGGAACAACUUCUUCCUGAGUUUGAAGAAGCUGGACGGAGUCAUCUUGUGGAUCCCUGCGUUUUUCUUCCACACGUCGGCCACCGUGACCAGAACUCUGGUCGACUUCUUUGUGGAGCACCAAGGUCAGCUGAAGGUCAAGCUAGCCUGGCCUGGAAACAUCAUGCAAUACAUCAACAAUUACUGGAAAACCAAGCAGCUGUCUCCGAAGCGCCUGAGCACCGGCAUCCUCAUGUACACCCUGGCGUCCUCAAUGUGCGACCAGAUCCACCUCUAUGGCUUCUGGCCUUUCGGCUGGGACCCCAACACGGGAAAGGAGCUUCCAUACCACUACUAUGACAAGAAGGGCACAAAGUUCACCACAAAAUGGCAGGAAUCUCAUCAGUUGCCCGCUGAGUUUAAACUGCUUUACAAGAUGCACAUGGAUGGUCUGCUGAAGCUGAGUCUGUCCCACUGUGCCCUGAACUGACUCUCUCUCUCUCUCUCUCUCUCGCCCACACACACCACAGCGGAGGUUGGCGACUAGGCUACAUUCAUGCUCUGGGAUGACUGCAAUUUUUGCCAAGGAUUUUAAGAGCUAAGCUUUUCAGCGGUAGAAACUGUCGAGGAAAAGCAUCUUCAUCACAUAAGAACUGACUGUUUUAAGCAGGAACCACGCUGUUUCUAUCUCUCGACUUUUAGUUUAUUUAAAAGGCUUCACAUCUGGAACCAGCAGACAAGUUUUAAUCUCUUUUAAACUUGAAUUGAUGGAACUUUGCUGUCAAACACGUUACCCUGGGAAGCUCAAGAUUACACAUUACUCGACUCCUCCUCGGUCAGAUUUGAGGGGGGCACGAGCGACCAGCCGGGAUCAAAUCCAAGGAAACAUCAUCCACUAUCAUGUGAUAAGUCUGUGAAGUGUUUUUAGUGAAUGUAGUGUAAGAAGAUUUUAUCAAGAACUGACAUGUAUUUAUUUAUCAUGAAUGAAGAAUGUUACCGAUCAUAGAGCUAAGUGAGCGCGUCAUGUUGUUCUCCGAAUGUUUGUAUUGCUCCGCGUGGACUGAACUUAAUCCGCAGCUCUAUGCGGAGAGAAAACUACCUCGGAUAGUCUCACUGACUGCUCAGUGUGUUGCACAUUUGUUCAGCUGACGGACUUCAAGUGGAUUUUUCUCUAAGGCUUAAUAAUGAAGCACGUUUGUCUGCUGUCUCUCAAAUAGCUGGGAGGAGCUUAAGGGAGAAAUGUUUCUGACAUUAAAAUGUGAUUUUCAUAAAUGACAUUUAUGAGGUGCAGGCACAUAUUUCUCUGUAGGAAAAGGGUUCUGUUCAAAUCAUCUCAAAAGCCUGAUCAAAACCAUGAACUGACACACAGGGCAGCUGAACACGCCAAGUCCUGUCUGCGGCUUCUGUGUGGCGCCUGCUGUUCACACUUGUCUGCUACACGUUCAACAUGCAUCCAUCCCGAAGACACUGAAAAUGGCAUCCCUUAGUAAUAUCCAAUAUCAUAUCUAACUGCAUGAGUAAGUGAUAAACUUAGAGGAGCUGUUCUUUUCGCUCACAAUACCAGAUCCCAAAACAAAUCCUCACUAGGAUCUGUUAUAUUUUUAAAAAACAUCUUUCAUCGCAAUACACAUUAUAAGCUGCAACUUCAAUUGUUGUCAUGCAAUUUUUUUUUACCAGCAGCCUUUAAAUAACCAACAGUUCAUGUCACAAACCGUAUGUAUUAUUAUCAUGUCACAAGAUGUAUGCUAGCAAGCAGCCUGACCUUGCUGGCCUGUCAGGGUAUAAGGGCCUCCAGCCCAUUUUUUUUUUUUUUCCUGUAGGUGAAAAAAUGAACACACGUGCCAUUGCUCUCACAAUUACUUGUAUAAUUUGGACAGGUUUGAACAUGUAUUUACUCCAAAUGCUACGCUGUCUACCCCGGGCCUCGGGGCCUCGAUGCCCAGGUCACCUCCGCUGACCUCACUUUAUCUCUAAGACUGUGUCCAGAAACGCUGCAGAGAAAAGCCAUGUCUUAUACUAAUAUAGUCUUGUGUCCCCUCAGUUGCGAACAAGACUCCAAGAUACUCCUGCACUCUGAGAGGAUUUCAGCCCCUCCUGACCUCCACCUGUGAAGGUCAUUCCAUCCUUCUUCAACUGAGAGCUUAAUAAGUCUCUGGUCCUCAUCCGAUGCUCCCGCGUAUGUUUGAAAUCCAGUUAGUGCCUCUGCUGUUUGCCAAGUUACUAACUAGUUCCUACAAAUGUGAUCAGAAAAUAUUGAUUGUGCCGCUUUAUCUCAUCUUCAUCUUCUUCCUCUUCUUCUUCUUGUUAUUAUUAUUAUUAUUAUUAUUAUUAUUAUUAUUAUUAAUAAUCGUUAUGUAUGUACACAGUAUGUUACUGUUCCUCAUUGUUGUUUGUACAUUUCAUCCAAAUAAUUUCAGGACCCUAAAAAAAACAAAAAACUUUUUCUGCCACUUCCAAAAUUGGCAUCAAAAACACAUUCCUGUUAGACUUUAAAAUAGACUUUUAAAUCUUGGUCCAGAUAGUGUUCAUUAUAUAUCACAAUCAUUCACAGAUUUGGGUAUUAGGAAGUGAAGAUACCACACAUGAUGGUUUGGUUCCAGUGUUCUUCGUUUGUGGGUCCAUCUAGUGUUUGUCUUAUGACAUAAAUGAAGUUGUGGUUUUGGGCUGAUGGGAUUGUGAUUAAUCUGACAAACGCAAACUUCUGACAUGGAGUCAAUCGUGUAGUUUCAUGUUAUAUUUCUUCUUUAUGAAGGUUUUGUUGGGGUAAGAGGUCAAAGGUGAACUGUUAUGACUGGUUUUUUUUUCUCAGUACUGCGGCACAUUCAGUCCGGUGAGUUCCGAGGGAGGACACCCUCUGGAACAGGUCAAAGUCUUUCUUCCUGUUACAGUUGAGCAAUGUCAGAAAACAAACAGAGGCACCGACAAAAAUUUGUUUAAAAACAUUCUGCAUGUCAGUAUGUGACGACUUCAUGUUUCAUUUGCUGCUCCUGUACUCAAAACACAGACCGAGAAUGUUGUUUAAGUUGAAAGUCAGUUUUAUCUGAAAAUGCUUCUUUGGUUCGUGAGCACAUAUGACAUUCACUAUUUGUUGUAUAUUUCUGUAGAAUGUAUUUAGAAAAAAAAAAGUCCUGGUUUAUCAUUAGUUGAAAGAAGCUGCUUCCAUACAAUGAAUUGAUCGUUCUAUUUUUGAGUAUGUUAAAUCUAGGUUUUACAUCUCAAAGGUGUAAUAUACCAGAAUGUAUUUUAUUUAAAGCGUUGUUUAUAGGAGAGCAACGCCACAGUAUUGUUUCUUUUUUGUUUCAUUAAAAUGAAUGAAAUUGCCCUGCAAUGGUGUCCGCCGCUGACGUUUGUCAAAGAAAGCUCUCCACAACACACACACACACACACUGAUAACUUUCGCAAUCGCAAGUGACAGUGUGAAUAACAAAAUAUAUUUUUUUUUGUGUUGUCUUGUUUGUUUGUUUUAUAACAUUACACUAACAAAUUCCAAUUUACGAUGAGUCCACACAGUUCAGCGUAGCAUUUUAAAAAAUAAAAGCCUGCUAAUCGAAGCCUUCAAUAGUGCGUUCUCAGAAUAUCAUGCUUAGCCUUGUUUGUUUUAUACUUUUUGGUGCUGUUUUUUUUAUUGUUUCAACAAAAUACGUACAUCCUAAGAGAAUUCAAACAUGCUAUGCUUUCAUGAUUUUGAUGACCUAUCUUUGAAACCUUUCUUACAACUUAGUAUAUAAAAAUGUCUUAAACACAUUAUUGUCUACUGACUUGAAUGAACACAAAUA